GGUGGCAGGCUUUUUCUUUUUUGCCUCGUGCAUGUGUGUUCAGAUGUAGAGCACAAGAUGGGCGGCUAGGUGAGGUAGACAGCACUGUUUGAUGCGAAUUGGUAUUGUACAACUGAAUUGCGUCGUCAGCAAACACAGAGGCUACAACAGAAUACGUCCUUGGCAUUUUUUUUUCGUAUUUAUUACUGUCGUGAUUUUUAGGAUAACGAUAAUACUGAUAUUCCCGUCAUCUCGGUCCUCUGCUACUUCUGCGUGAAGGUCAGCACGGUAUUCUCUAAUGAAAAGUUUGAUUCCAUCAAUUGUCUUCCUCGUCCUCGGACAACUAAGUACAUUUUCAAAAUUCGUCUUUUGAAAUCCAUAUAACGCCACGAAGUCGUAGUAGACCAACACUAUCAUUAAUUCCACACACGACAAGAAUGCGUUUCAACGCCACUCGUUUUGCUCGUUGUCGCAAUGCCCAUCUGUGCACCUGGUCGCACAUGAUGAACCAGCAGCUUCGUGCCGGCUCCGCGGUGGGCAGCAAAUUUACCGGAGCAGCCAUGUUAUUCGGCAGUAACGCGAUGCCGAAUUUUGGUGCGGGCGCUACGACGAGCAGUGGUGCCGUUCUCGGGGAGACGCCUCUCCAGAAUGGCUUCGCCGAGCAAAAUCGUGGCUUCGGGACGCUUGCCGGCUUGCUGGAAGCCGGGGCGCUGGGUGCUGGAGAGGAGGAGGGAAGCGGCAGUGUAGUGGAGUCUGCUGUCGGCGCUGCGGGAUCCGUGGGGGUGGAAGCAGUACUUUUUUCGUUUUUGGUUUUGCCGUUCUUGCUGUUAUUUUGUCUAUGUUAACGGCAGCUCGUUCUUCGCUCGGGAGAUUGAUAACUUCUAGGAUGGACUCAAGGGACUUCUACCACGCCAGAGCAAUAAUCAGGGCUCUGUGCUGCGUCGACUACGUGACCAUGUUUUGCAUUCAACAUUUUGAUCAUUUUCUUGUUGAUGUUGAUGCAUUGCACUAAAGAGAUACAGAAACACCACAACAAAACAGGAUGCCUGCCGGAAUUUGUUGGUUCAUUGCGAGAAUUACUUACAGGUAACAAGCUGGUCAACAAGUGGAACAACCUUUCCGAUGAUAGCAGAACUACUAGAAACAACAACCGCACCAGAAGAAAGAAGUUCAUGGUGAACGUAACAACAUUCUCGCUUCAGGAGCCUCAACAUAUCAGCACGUUGUAAUGUUGACCAGCAGAAGAUCUUCAUCAUCUGCUGGUGGUCUUCAACCAAUUCUGACGAUUUGUUUGAUGUACACACGAGACAAAGAAUGUUUCUCCAAGAAAUUCGACGUCGAAGCGGCAUUCUCUCGUCACAUCAUCUGUGAAAAACAAUUUCGAGAAGUAUAGUAUUGACGCAAUCGCAAGCGUUGCUUCAAUAGAAAUCCAGAACAGCAACGGAUGAAAAU